GCUCUCGGAGAGCCUGGGGGCUAUAAAAGAGGUGGCUCAGGGCAGCUGGAAGACAGAGACGGACGAAAGCCAGGAGGGGGAAACCAGAAAGGAGAGGGAAGAGGAGCAAGUGGCAGACCACUCCCUGACCGACGCCAGCAUGGGCUCCUCCACCAUCACCGUGAGCUUCCUCCUCGUUCUGGUGUUUCAGUUCCCAGGGCAAACCAGAGCGAACCCUGUGUACGGCUCCGUGUCCAAUGCAGACCUGAUGGAUUUCAAGAAUUUGCUGGACCACUUGGAGGACAAGAUGCCUUUAGAAGAUGAGGCUAUGCCCCCACAAGUACUAAGCGAGCAGAAUGAGGAAGUGGGGGCCCCUCUCAGCCCCCUUUUGGAGGUACCUCCCUGGACCGGGGAGGUGAACCCAGCCCAGAGAGAUGGGGGUGCCCUGGGGCGGGGCCCCUGGGACGCUUCCGAUAGAUCUGCCCUUCUGAAGAGCAAGCUGAGGGCACUGCUUGCUGCCCCUCGGAGCCUGCGGAGGUCCAGCUGCUUCGGGGGUAGGAUGGACAGGAUUGGAGCACAGAGUGGACUGGGCUGUAACAGCUUCCGGUACCGAAGAUAACGCCAGGGAGGAAAAGGCGAGCCAGGCCCCGGCCAGACUUGGAGAGACCCUCAUCCCCUGGGGUCUCUCUCUCAUCUUUGUCCUGUCUCGUUGCUGUCAAGUUGAGGUGUGAAGAGCACCCGAUUCAAGGGGCAGCCUCCUGUCAACAUGUCUCACAUUUUAGGCUAAAUGUAAAGUGAUUUCAUUGCGGCUUCUCCACCUCUCCCACUCCUGCAUUAAAUUUUAGUCACCUGUUAACUGACAUUGGUUUCAAAACCAAUAAACUUCAGCACCACGGACAGACGCUGAA